CCGGGGCCCCGGCCGGGAUAUAAUUAGCCCAUGAUAACGGGAUGAGGGAAAGGCUGAUCUAGGAAAAGCCCGUCUGCCCUCCGCGGCCGCAGCAUGGCCGAGCUCCCAGGAGCUGUGACGGAAAAGCCGCACGUUUGCCCCAAACUGGGGCCUGGACCCGCCAGCAGCUACUACGCCGCGUUGGUCACGGGGGAUCUCCGAAGCCUCCAGCUGUUCACCGACAGGUACCACGAGGAUGUCAACCGGGUGUUCGAGGUUGGCCAAAAGGAGCUGCGGUGGCAGGUGAAGAGCCUGGCGUCCUACGGGCUCUCGGGCCUGUGGUCGCUGGAGUACGAGCGGGAGCUGAGCACGCCGCUGUGCAUCGCCGCCGGCCGGGGCCACGCCGGCUGCGUGCACCACCUCCUGCGCCGGCAGGCCGCCCCCGACCUGGCGCCGGGGGGCUGGGGCGCCCUGCACGAGGCCUGCCGCGGGGGCCAUGCCGCCUGUGUCGCCCUGCUGCUCGAGCACCACGCCGACCCCCAGCUCCGCAGCCACGACGGCCGGGCCCCGCUGCACCUCUGCGCCACCCCCGGCACCCUGGGGUGCGCCGAGCUCCUGGUGAACCACGGAGCCACAGUUGACCUGCCCGCCGAAGACACGGGCGACACGGCACUGCACGUCGCCGCCCGGCACUGCCUCUACGAGCACGCCCAGCUCUACCUGGCGCGUGGCGCUGGCGUGGACCAGAGGAACGGGCGGGAGGAGACGCCGCUCAGCGUGCUCUGCGGCCAGGCGCCCCGGGACCCGGACGGCUGCCUGCAGCUCUGCCGGCUCCUGGUGCGGCACGGCGCCGACGUCGAGGCCCGCGACGACGCUCGCCGCGGCCCGCUGCACAAGGCCUGCAGCCAGGCCAACUACCGCCUAGUCCACUUCCUCCUGCGGCACGGUGCCGACGUCAACGCCUUCGACUAUGACGGCCUCUCGCCACUGGGCUGUGUGCUGCGGGCGGCCGCCUGCAAGCGUGAGCUGCAGCCUCACCUCUGCGUGCAGGCACUGCUCAACCACGGCUCCCAAAAAAUCUGGCCAGGGGCCUUUGUGAAGGUGCUCCAGUCCUGCGCGACCGUGCCAGAGAUCAUCGAAAUCCUCUUCAAUUCCUACUCGCAGAUCCCCGUAGCAGAGAAUUGGGCCGAGGCGGUGCCAGAGGAGGUGUUUCAGCAACACCUGCCGUUCUACGAGUCCCUUUUCCAGCUGUCGGGCACGGCGCGGCAUCUGCAACAUUUGUGUCGCUUCGCCAUCCGGAAGAAGUUCGGCGGUGAAUGCCAUCGCCUCAUCCCCUUGCUGCCGGUGCCCAAGCCCCUGCGCGAUUACCUGCUGCUGGAGCCCGUGGGAGCCGUGCUUUGAGGGGCCGGCACAGCAGCGUGCCAAUGCACUGCGGUAGCGCCCGUUUCCACCAUGAAUCGUUGUUUUUCCAGGAUUUAUAGCAUAACUAAAGCGUGUUUUGAGCUGUAACUUUGUAUGGAUUUUUUUUUCUAGUUGUGCCUUUAAUAGAUUAUAAGGAGUAAUAAAAUUAUUGUGUAAUAAAAUUGCUUGUGCAAGCACCUUA